AUGUCACUCACAGGUGACAGCCACACUGAAUUGACUAAAACGAAAUUAAAUCAGAAACUGAUUUAUUCGCUUAAUAUACCUAAACAAUUUGACGCAACCGUAAGAGUACUGAAGAAACUAUUUGGUAUUUGGUGUAUUUUGGCUCAGAAGACCUUUAAGUGUAUUCCGGAGAACUGUCAAGAAGACUAUAGAUUCGAAUCGGUUCGAUUAGCCAGUUUUAAAGAUUGGUCAUGCCCAUGGAUAAAGCCGGAACAACUGGCUGAAGCUGGAUUCUAUUACAUGAGUGAAGAAGAUAAGGUGAAAUGUUUUGACUGUAAACUUGAAAUAUGCAAAUGGNAAACAAAUGACAAUCCAAUGGCUGAUCAUCGACGGUGGUCUAGGCAAUGCCGAUUUGUUGAAAACUUAUCCUGUGACAACGUAGCCGAUGUGGAUUCUAACACAAUUCCGAAAAAAGUAAACGAGAAAUCUACGUGUUUUAUGUCCGUUUCCAGUUUGGAUGAUGUUACNGAGGACAUUGGAAUGUUAAAAAAAACAAUAUUGAAACCGAAAUAUCCACGACUUGACACUUAUGAAGCGAGAAGUAAUACAUUUGAAGUAUGGCCAAAAUCAUUAAAACAAACAAAACAAGAUUUAGCAAAUGCAGGAUUUUAUUACACGGGGAAAGAUGAUCAGACGUUGUGCUACUAUUGCGAAGGAGGAUUGAGAGAUUGGAAUCCGAAGGAUGUUCCCUGGGAGCAACACGCAAAGUGGUUUGAAUAGUGUCCGUUCUUGAUUGUUUGCAAAGGACGCGAUUACAUAAACACAGUCACCAACGGAACAUAUUAUACAAAGGACAAUUCAACCAAUUCAUUUGAAGAAGUACAAGAAGCAGACAAAAAAUCGGAUAAAGAUACUG